CUAAUAUAAACGUGCCUUACUCUGCUACGUCAUCAGCGUGCGACGACUGUUGACAUCACUGUGGUCGAAGAAAAAACAAGAAGAAGACUACAGGCAUAUAUUAAAUGUUGUUUUAAUGUGUUACCGACUUUAAAAAGUUUCGGAGGGAAAAUGUGAAAAGACGACAACAUGUCGACUAGAAUGCUGAAGCGAACCGGCCUUUCAAACGAGUUAUGUGAGCAACUUAAACGCCAUCAAAUAGAAAGCUGUAAGGACCUGUUGUCUCUGACUCCUUUAGAAGUGAUGCACGCUGCAUGCCUGAGCUACCAACAGGCCAUCGAGCUGCUGCAGUCCGUGAGCAAAGUCAUUGCACCACCAGUUUCCACAGCUCUGGAGCUGUGCAAGCAACAGGCGUGUUUCUCCACUUCGUUGCCUGCUCUGGAUAAACUUCUGAGAGGAGGCCUGCCGCAUGGGACCAUCACUGAGGUGACAGGGCCCUCAGGCUGUGGGAAGACUCAGAUAUGUUUAAUGCUGAGUGUUCUGGCCACUCUGCCAAAGAGUGAGGGUGGCCUGGACAGCGGUGUGAUCUACAUUGACACAGAGUGCGCUUUCUCUGCUGAGAGGCUGGUGGAGAUCGCACAGAGCCGGUUCCCAGACUACUUCAACUGCAGGGAGAGAGUCCUGCACAUGGCUGGGCGGGUGCUUCUCUGCAGGGAGCUCACCUGUCAAGAUGUCCUCAACAGACUAGAUAGAAUAGAAGAGGACAUCAUCUCAUCAGGAGCAGGUCUUAUCAUCCUGGACUCUGUGGCCUCAGUGGUGAGAAAGGAGUUUGACACAACGUUGCCCGGUAACCUGAUGCAUCGCAGCGACCUGCUGGGUCACGAGGCCUCCACUCUCAAGUACCUGGCACACCAGUUCAACAUACCGGUGGUUCUUACCAACCAGAUCACAACUCAUUUAGGGGGUCAAGGAUCUGAGGAUGCUGGGUUUGUGACAGCGGCUCUGGGGAACACCUGGAGCCACAGUGUCAACACGCGUCUUAUUCUCCAGUAUGUGGACUCACACCAGAGACAGAUACUGAUAGCCAAGUCACCUGUGGCUCCAUUUGCUGUGCUGAACUACACCAUUGAGAAGCAGGGAAUCUGCAUAGAUGGAGACGACAGUCAGGAGACCUUGUAUGAGGGCACAGAUCCUGGACUACAGCCAAUCAGGGUUCAGACUGGAUUCACUUAUAACCUUACCACACCUAUCUGAGCAAACACUGUGACUUGUCUGUUCAUGUGUCUCUGUCUGUCAAUGGUUUAUAGUUUUAUGGAAAGGCUAAUAGAAAUGUUUUUUUUUACUUGAAUAAAGCCAAAACAAGAUUUCACCUGA